UUGACAUGCGCCAUAUAAACAACAGAAGACGCAAAAGAGGCAGAACAAGACAGAACAGUUGUCUAUUUUGGGGUUUCCUUGGUUGUUUAUGUGCAAACACCAGUUAGGUUGAGAUUUGUUAGCUCGGGGAACUCUCUGAAUUUGUGUAUAAAAUAGUAAGAUCUGUGAGUGAAGAUGGGAUGUGACGGAGGAACUAUUCCUAAAAGACACGAACUGGUCAAAGGACCAAAGAAAGUGGAAAAGGUGGACAAAAAUGCAGCGCUUGCUGCCAAGUGGAAAUACUGUUGCCUGAGCCAAGAGAAGCUGCGCCGUCCUAUUGUGGCCUGUGAACUCGGGAGGCUGUUCAAUAAAGAUGCCAUCAUUGAGUAUCUGUUGGAUAAAUCAGCAGAAAGACCAAACACUGAAGUUGUUACACACAUACGUGGCAUCAAGGAUGUGAAAGAGUUGAAUCUGACUGAUAACCCAGCAUGGGAAGGGGAGAGGAGAAAUGCUAAGGGUGACUGCUAUGAAGACAUGCAUUGCGCCAUGUUUAUCUGCCCUGUAGUGGGAUUGGAAAUGAAUGGCAAACACAAGUUUUGCUACUUGCUCUCCUGUGGCUGCGUGUUUUCAGAACGAGCUCUCAGGGAAGUGAAGACCGAGAUCUGUCAUAAGUGUGGAGACCCCUUUCUCGAAGAUGAUAUUGUGGUGCUGAAUGGGAGCAAAGAAGAGCAAGAGAAGCUGCAGAAGGCAAUGGAGGAGAGAAGGGCCAAAGCUAAAACAGCAAAGAAGUCAAAGAAAAACAAGACUCUUGAGACCAUUUUCAAAUCACCAGAAUCAAAAGUAUCUGAGUCUAAAUCAGCAUCAGCAAAUGGAGAGAGCAGCAGCAGCACUGACUCAGCUCCAGGACCAUCUGGCGCUUCUAAGCCAGUGAAGCCCACUGCUGCAGCAGGGAGUAAAAGGUCCAUUCAGGACAUGGAGGAGAAGUCUGAGGCUUACAAAUCCAUCUUCACAUCUCACAGCUCUGCCAAGCGUACCAAAGACCAGAUGUCCAACUGGGUUACCCACACACCCUACCACUUUUAAGAGCCACAUGAUUAGUGAUUAGUGAAAAAAAGUUAGAAAAAUUGCCCUCUUUGUUUGAGAAGGUAUUUAAAUUCUUUCUUUGAAGACAUUUGAAAUAAUUUAGUAAUCAUGUUUUAUGGUUAUAAUACAUUAUACAUUUUUUCUAGCAUAUACAUUUUUUCUAGCAUGUUUGUAUUUUGUCAGACAAAAUUUGUCAGGCAAGUCUUAUUUUAAAACCCUUUUUGUCUGGUAUAUUUUCACAUUUUUUUCUGUUUCACUUAUUUUAUCUAAAGUUGUCUUAUGGUAAACUGUUUUAUUAGAAUUAAUGGACAUUCAGACAUCUGGCUCUGUAAUGGGGGGGGUUGGGUCCAUGACAUGGUUUGGGUCUACUUGUCCCCUUACAAGUAGAUGGGUCACUGCAAUUUAGUAUUAAAUUAUUCUGAGCUGAUGCUUCUAUCCUGAUAGUAGAGGGCUCUUCCAGGCGGUAACAAUACCCCAUCUACAGAGUGCAAGGAACAAUUUGAUGAGUCAUAUGGCAUGUCAGUCUCAUAGUCAUUAGAUCUGAACCCAUUUGAAUUUUUCCAAUGCAACAGCUCCAGUGUGCCUUGGCAUAGAUGAAUGUGAUCAUUCAAAAAUAGUUCUGAAUUGAUUUAAAAUGUCCCUUCACUCUAAAAUGAAAAAAGUGGACGCAAACCAUGGCAACAAAAUGCCCCCCCAAACUGCAUAACAGAGUCACCAGUUUUUCCUUUAAUUUGUCACCCAUCUGUAUGUCUUGUGUAGCAAAUUUGAUAAACUUUAUAAAUACUG